CAGUGGAGGUCUUUGUCUUCACUUCAUCUUCACAAUCACUUUCCGCACGCCGUGGAGGGCGGAAAGGCAAUUGCGUGGCGGUUCUGGACCUCCCCCGCGUCCACAUUUGGUAUAUGCAGCCGGAAGCCGGGACUGGGGUGGUCCCACGCCUGUGCACGGAUGGUGGUGGCCUGCGAGGGUCAAUUUUAGCGAGGGAGGAGGCCGUCCCGUUUAAUUCACGUAACUACAGGUUUGCGGAACUGCAAAGCUCAGGAAUGGGAUGAGACGUGCCGCUGCUCCGGGGAACACACGCACCGCGGGUCUGGGAAAACCAUAUCUGACAAGAUCAAAGCUGCAGGAGAAUGGACAGUGAGGUACAGAGAGAUGGAAGGAUCUUGGACUUGAUUGACGAUGCUUGGCGAGAAGACAAGCUGCCGUAUGAGGAUGUUGCAAUACCACUGAAUGAGCUUCCUGAACCUGAACAGGACAACGGUGGCACCACAGAAUCGGUUAAAGAACAAGAAAUGAAGUGGACCGACUUGGCCUUACAGUAUCUCCAUGAGAAUGUUCCCCCUAUAGGAAACUAAUAGCUGGCUCCUCCUUCAUGGACAGAUUUUUGAAAAAUACAUAGAUACAAAAUGUUU